AAUCAAACGUUGGGAGGGAUGAGUAUAAAAGAUGAGCAUUCCUGCCGACGAGUACCGGAAAAGACAAUGACUAACGAAGCCUCAUUAAAACCACCGUGCGACACACCGGAGCAUAACUCAGCCAGCACCGCCGUCGACGGCGAAGGCGCUGACGACAACAACGACACUACAAAUUCUUCCUUAGCGAAGGGCCUUUCCACUAUAAUAUCUUCUAUAAUCCGGGAAUUUGAUGACAGCGCUGCCGCCACUUCUUGUAGUCAAGAUCAGCUCUCUUCCACUCUCGAUCGUCUCACUGGAGAGCUUGACAAGCUGCUGGAAGAUGCCCCAUUGCCUUUUAUCAUGCAACAUGCUGCCAGAAUUUCUGGUGUUAGGAAAAGAAUUACAUCAUUGAACUCUCUUUUGAAGUCUAUACAGAGGCGUCUUGAUAAAAUCGACCACACAUUAGCUGCUGGCUUGAUACAUGAGAAAUCCACAGGAGAUGGUGCGCGAGACCAUGAGGAUCAUAAGUCUUCAUUGAAGAGUUCAUGAUUAAAAUCCAGGAGAAGAUCACAUGUCCUUGACACUCUGGCAUUCUGAAAUGAUGUUCUCUUACCUGUCAAAAAUGUGCGUUUUCAGCUUGUGGCAUAGUAUGUCCGAGUUGCCCAGGAAAGCGAAACAUUAUAAAAAUGGAAAACGUAUGGGACUGGUUAGAAGCUCAGCUAGUGUAGGUACCAUUUGAAGGGGGAGUAUCUUUGUGAAACUGAAUUCUAAUAUUCUGCUCCGAAACAUAUUGUUAAUCGUUUCGCAUUUGCAUCUGAUGGGCGUACUUUGUUUUUCAACUUGAAAGUUUAGUGUAUAAUGUGUAUUCAUGAUAGUUGACAAGACCAGUAAUUGGUUCUGAAUCACCGUGAAAAGAUUGCUCUAAUAUAUUGCUCA